AUGUCAGAAACAACAUUCAUGAAGCUACUUACUCUCAUGCUGCUGCUCUCUUCGACCUACUACAGCAGAGUCCUGGACGACUUCUUGCGCAGAAGCACUGUCACAACAGGAAGCCCUUGGAGAUCACCUGAAGGAACCUUUGGAUUUGGAUUCGUAAUGCCUGAGUCUUCAAGCACCCGGAACUUCAAUCUCGCGAUCUGGUAUGACAUAGAUCCGAAGAAGACUGUCGUCUGGAUGGCAAUGGCAAACGGGCAGCUUGUCCAGGUGAGUGAAAAUGCCAAGCUUGAGUUGAAAGCCGAGGGAGGACUUUCCGUCACUGAUGGCAGCAGCUCCGCCCCCUUGUGGCAAACCAAUCCCGGACAGUGUUGUGCUGAAAGUGCUUCGCUGCUCGAGAACGGGAACUUAGUUGUCCUUGGAAAAGACAAGAAAGUUGCAUGGCAGAGCUUCGACUCCCCAACGAACAACCUUUUGCCCGAGCAGCAGCUCCGCACACAAGGAAAUCCGUCCUUGGGAUACGCGGGGUUGAUUUCCCAGUCUGGAGCAUGCUUGUUCUCAACAGUGGUCAGGUGCUGCUCAAGAACUUAA